AGAUCGUUGACCACCGUCCCGGAGUCAGCGAGUUCACGGCUUUUCGGACUUUUGCUAAAUUCUAAUCAAGCAGGAGCCUCGAAUUCCGCUCUCCGUAAAGACUAGACAAACGGAGUUUACCAGUCUCGCUCCCCCUCACAAUUAACCGAGAGUGCAACAGGCCCCAACGAUCGCUGGCGCCUCCACGCGGGCUCCGCCGCGACUGAAAUCGAACGAUCGCUUGAUCACCUCCUGACAUUCGCGUAUCCUUCCGACCUGAAAAUGGCAGGACUCAUCGACUCAGCGCAACUGCAGGCGGUCCUGCAGUACUUCGACAUGAGCUAUCUGCGAACUAUUCCUGGAUACCUCAAGAUGUGUCAGCUGGGGAAUGCUCUCAUCGGCUUCGUGUUCAGUGAGUUCGGCGAUCCCAAGUACAGCGGAACAACGAGUUGGUUCAACUUUGUUGCGAUGACCGGCUUCUGGGUCACCAUUCUCUUGCUUCUCUUCUAUCUACUACAUAUCUUCGACAAAAUCCCUGUCGUCCCUUGGGUUCAAGUGGAACUCACUUAUGCAGCGCUUUGGGCAGGACUAUACUUGAUCGCUACUCUGGCCGCGGCUUUGAAUGCUACAGAUGACUUGCACAUGCUUGCGCUGGCGGUGUUCGCCGUAGCUGGGAUGGGUCUCUACGGGACCGACGCUUUUCUCAAGUUCAAAGCAUACAAGGCAGGCGUAACCGAGACCGGUUAUUCUGCGGGACCGGGCGGUAACGUCGGAGGAGAAAUGGGGCUCGAUCAGCAACCAGAAGGCAUGGCAGACCCGACAUCGCCAGACCAUUUCCCAGCGUACUGA